AUGCCGCCACCGUCAUUCAACCUCAAGCAGAAGCUCGCGGCGCUCUCGCUAGGUCCAUCAGGACCAUCGUCCCCCCACAGCCCGAGCUUCGGCCAGAUGAGGAAUGGGAACGGCCACGACAUCUACGCGGCCUCACCGACCAGCCCUACCGGCAAACGGAAGUUCUUCAAUCCUCAGAGCUGGCUGAAGAAGUCGCAAGAGGCGUUUGGGACCUUCCGCGGAGAACGGGGUGAGGUGCGUUUGAGCUACGACGAAGAGGAGCGGAGGAUGGUGCAGGAGGUACUAGGGAAGAUGAUUUUCCAGGCUGGGGUUGACUUUGAGACGCGACCCAUGGUCGUUCUCAACGCCUCUGCGCUGCCAGAUCCUGAAGUCGUCUCCUACGACCUCCUGCUUGCCCGCAUCCUUUCAUAUUUGGACCUUUACGUGGAAGCAGACUAUACAGUAGUGUUCUUCGCGGCUGGGUCGAAGCACGCGCCGAACUGGAAUUGGGUGUGGAAGGCGUACAGGAGCUUAAGCAGGAAGUACAGGAAAAAUUUGAAGCUGCUGUACAUUGUGCACUCGUCUUUCUUUUCCAAAAUGCUCUUUUCGCUGGCAGGCGCCAUCAUCAGCCCUAAAUUCUUCCGUAAACUGACGUAUAUCACCACGCUAUCGGAGCUCGCAGAGCAUGUGCCGAUAACGCAGAUCGACAUAUCGCCUGCUGUCUAUCAGGAGAACUUGAAGCAUGAACGGAAAAUUAAGCUACUGGUACCGAUACGCUCCAGCACAUUUGGUGUGCCUCUGGAAGACAUUAUGGGAUAUGACGGUGAGAAGGGUGGGAUUCCGCGGGUAGUACGAGAUGCAAUCCAAUUUCUGCGCGAUUCAGGAAUGCAGGAUGAAGGACUCUUCCGACGGUCGCCUUCCUCUGCUCUCCUUCGUGCUGCUCAGGAUGCCUACGAUCGUGGCAAUGUUGUCUCACUAGAAACGUUUGGCGACCCGCAUCUUGCUGCCGUUCUUAUCAAGAAGUACCUCAGAGAUCUGCCUGAGCCAAUAUUCCCCGAGAGUACAUACAGCUCUAUUCGACGCUGUCCGAUACCUGUAGGCUCUCGACCACAGGAACUCGACCACGAAGCGGAGUUGGCUGCUGUUCAAUACGUCCGAGACGUCAUUCUGCCGGAGCUGGUUCCUUGCGCAUAUAUACUGCUUUCUAAUGUUCUUCACCUCCUACACGACGUUUCUCUACGGAGUGCCACCAACCGAAUGGACGCCUUCAACCUUGCCAUCGUCGUCUCACCCAACCUCGUCAAGAGCCCGAACCCUAUACGAGACGUCAUGAUGUGCAGCGUGCCCGUACCAACAGCUGUGGCCGGCCUUGACUCCGACAUGUCUACCAGUGGAUUCUCGAACGCCUUCCACCCUGAUGAUGGUGCAGAUGCAGCUACCUCGGAAGGCAAGACGACACUCGGAAUGGUCAUCGCAUUGUGUAUACGGCGGUACUACGAGAUCUUCGACGAGGUUGUUGACCGCAGUGAGGCGAUCCCUCCCUGGCGUGCUCUACGGAACCAGGGCAUCGUUGGCGAUGGCACGAGCGAUGGCUCAGGAAGUCCCAAGCAACCUACAUACGUUCUCGGUGACGAGGAAGAUCUCGAUGAUGACUUCGAUGCGGAUGGCCAUCCACAUCCUGCAUCGCCAACACAUCAGCAUAUAUCUGCUGCUGCUGGCUCGUCCAAUGGUCGAGGAACGAAACGACACAAGAACACACUCUCAAACGCCAGCUCCGCACGCUCUCCCUUCCGUAAUAGCAUCAGCAGUUCGCCAUCAGCAUGGAACACGAAUAGUAGCAGUGGUGCGACAACGCGAGCUGCCCCGUCAUCUCUCUCUCCUCCGAAAGGACAGGCAUACCCGACGCACGGAAAGGCGAAGUCGAUGAUCAGCAUCGAGAAGUCGGGACUAUCAAGUAUAUUGGCAAACGGAACCGCAAAGCGUGGAUCGAUCGCCAUUGGGAGAGGCACAACGCGGAAAGGCUCUGGGGCGGCUGUUGAGGCUGUUAGUGUCACUGCGGAGGGGUUUUUCACGCCACCUGGUGGAGAAUCGUCGAUACCUCCAGUGCCUAAGCUCCCACCACGAGUGGCGGAGUUUUCUUCCUCCACUGCGUUCAAGAGCGAGGCAGAAGAGCCUGUGCUGAGUCUCAGUGAAAGACGGAAGAUAUUCGAGGGUGGGACAUGA